GUUCAUAAUAGUCAAAAUACUGAUAUAGCUUCUUAGGUCUCCUAUUACUCAAAACAAUUUGAAACUAUUAUAUAACUUUAAACUUGGUUCCAAGCUUCAAAACCAAAGGGAUUGUCGCUACUCAUGACCCUCAGUCCCUUCUCAAGAGAAAAAAAAUCAGUUAGGAAAUGCCCAAACAUCAUUCCAAAUGGUCAAUAACUCAUACUUACAACAUGACUAAUAAUAAUCAUAUAUACCAAUCCCAAUUACACACAUCAAAAGAACCAGAGAAUUUGAUCGCUAACACAUUUUUCUCUCAUCAUCAUCUGAUCAAUUCCCUCAUCAAUGAAGGUCACAAUCUCAGUAGAAGGCUCUGAAUUUUCCCUUGAUGUAGAGCCACAAGAAUCUGUCCUGAGAAUCAAGCAGAAAAUUGAGCAUAUUUUAAGAAUUCCAGUGGCCUCGCAAGCUCUCUCCAUUUGGGGUUGGGAGCUGAUUGAUGGUCUAGACAUGGAAGACUAUUCCACAAUCGACGAAUCCACGAAGAUCGUUCUGACCAUCAGAAAACCGGCGCCAAUUCCCCUGCCACCAGCAAACAGUAAAAACCGGAUCACGGUGAAAUUCUCCGCGAGAAAGAUCGUACUCGAGGUGGAUCAAACAGAGACGGUACGAAGCCUCAAGGAGAAGAUCCACAUUGUUGAUGGCACCCCGAUUAAGAGAAUGGCGUUGUUUUUCGCGGGCCGGGAACUGGACGAGGAGUUUCGGUACUUAACCGCUUACGGGAUUUCUGACAAUGCGGAGAUUGUUGUCUUCUUGAAAAGUGCGGUUUCUGCUGCUGAUCAGUUGCCUGUUUCGAGAACGCCGCUGCUUAAUGUUAUGGUUCAGACGGCUUCUUGUCUGCUGAAUUCGGCGAUGAUCCCUUUGGACAUGAUCAGGGAUUCGAGUACAGUUUCUGAACUGAGGCAAUUCUUGUUGAAGGAAAAAAUCCUUCCCCCUGAUGAUUACAUUUUCAUUCACAAACAGAGGAUCAUGCGCGAGAGUUGCAGUCUUCGUUGGCAUGGUGUCGAAAACGGCGAUUUCCUCUACGUUUUUAAAGGAACUGUUAGUCAAGGAAAGGUCUAAUGUGUAUCGUCUGGAAAAUACUGCAAAGGUCGCAGUUUCUUGAUUAAUUUCUUCCCCUGUCAUCAGGGACCAGUUUUUCUCUGUAAUAGCUCUAGAAAAAGGUCAAAAACAUGAGAAAUUCUUGUGAUACACAUUUUUUAUAUUCGAAAUUGUUUCUGAUAUCACGCAAAAGGCAAGACACGGGAAGGUUAAACGAUCAAGUGAUUUUAAUGUGAUGUAUAAUUAUGAUGCCAAAUUUGUUGUGGGAGGGGUUCACAGAUUCGAUGACUCCCAUUAGGUUAAGGCCAUGGUUAGAAUACUGGGAUAACUCUGUUACUUAAUAUAGGACACAAAUAACUAAUUCUCAAGAAUUAAUGAAAGACGAAUAGUAUUUUACCUCCCGAAGUUUAGCCUUACCAUAUAGCCCCUGAAAGAGGGAUUAAACGUUCAAAUGACUAAAAUGAUCAUGAUAUACUUUUUCUUUAUUUUCUUUUCUGGUUUUUUUUUUUUUUUUUUUUUUUUGACAAAUGAGAAUCACUUAAUUUUUUUUACAAGAAUUAUUAGCAUUUAAUUAUGGCACGUUUUGAGGCUAAGACAAAGAAGAUUGAAAGCCCAAGUUAAUUCUAGAAAGUUGGCUAGAUAUGGCAAGCUAGCGAGAUUUUUUAUGGUUUCUCAUCUUUGUUUUACUAAUGACUUGAUCAUACUCACUAGAGGGUUGCAAAGACAAGAAUGUAAACAUGUUCGUUGAAACCUAUGAGACCGUAUCGACUCAAAAUGAAUCGGCAAAAGAGCUUCCUACUAAUUGCGGAUGAUUGUCGUCCAAGUCAUGUGGAGAGUAUGCAAAGAGGAUCCUUCCCUUUUCUUUAUCUUGGGAGCCGGCUAUACCAAAGUAGAAAAACAGUGAACUGGAGUUUCAAUUUAGAUGUUGUAACUUGUAAGUAGAUCAUGAACUGGGGUGUCAGUUUGGAUGUGGUAACUUAUAAGUAGAUCAUGUGUUUAUUGCUUCUUCCAUUAGUUAGGGCUACUUAAUUCAACAGAAGUAAUGGCGUAGAAGGUUACUGUGUAAAAGCCACAUAGUGUCUUUUUUAGGCUUCUGAAUCUGAGUUGAUUUUGAAAGCAAUAUACUCUCGAAAUCCAAUAUUGUUUUUCUGUCAUUCUGCUUUGAAUCAUCAUAACUGGUACUUUGUUUUGCAAGAGGCUUUUUGGAGUGCGGCUUCACACCACAUUCUCUGUCUUCAUCAGCAGUUUCCCUUUUUUGUUCUAGACAAACAUAACUCUGAAUAGAGCGAUAAAAGCCAACACGUCAAAAGGAGAAACAAAAUUAAGCGAACUGGUACCCUUGAAACCACUAUGCACAUUUCUAAAGAGUUGGUCGUUAAAGCUGGAGAGGAAUCACAAAUGCUUUCCGUCGGACACGGAGAAGAGUAGUGACUUAGGGCUUGUGAUGUGAACAUCCCUGGUGAUCAAGUCCAAAAUGAUCAAGGUAUUGGGGUUCCAAAUAAUGUUCAAGCUCAAGGUGUGGUUCAAGAUCCAUUAUCCAACAUUGGAGGUCUAAUGACUCGAGCUAGGAAUAAAAGAAUGAAGAGUGCACUUAAUAAUCUUAUAUCAAACGGUUUGGCCCAAGAGAAUGUCAAGUCUGGAAGUUACAAGCCCAAGAUUAUUAAUGUGUUACAAGGCCCAUUUGAGGAAGGAAAUUUUGGCCCACAAACAAAGCAAGGGAGGCCGGCCC